GUAAAUUUCCUGUUUGUAGCAAGUCUGUGUAGGCUGAUUAGCUCAUUGUCUUGUGUUUGUUUCCUGAGAAAAGGAAUAGGAAAGUUACAUGUCUACACGUUUUGAAUUAUACGUUUAGAUUGCACGCAAGAUCCUCUUUUGUGCAAGCUGUUGUUUAAACAGUCCAACACACAGAACAUGGUAUGCAUUUUUUGUGAUGUGGGGAUGUUGAAAGUGAAAGUUCUGCUAGUACUUAGUACACCCCUUGCCAAGUCUUCGAAAGUACACCUUUCAUGACACAGGCUUCUCUCUCGCUGCAGAUUCUACGUGGAUGAUGUUCCGAUUCGAGAAGUGGUGAGAACCACAACGAUGGGUGGAGAUUUCCCAUCGAAGCCAAUGUCUCUGUACGCGACGAUAUGGGAUGGAUCAGACUGGGCCACCAACGGAGGGAAGUACAGGGUGAACUACAACUACGCACCUUACACUACCGAGUUCUCCGACUUUGCCCUCCAUGGCUGCGCCGCUGAUCCCACAGAACACUCUACCACGACAUGCGACACUACCUACACCACGCUAUUGAAGACCGUAGCAAUCUCAGGCUCGCAGAGGACCAGGAUGGACAGGUUCAGGACCAAGUACAUGACGUACUCCUACUGCUACGAUCGUGUUCGAUACAAGGUCCCACUGCCCGAAUGCGUGAUCAAUCCACAAGAAGCUCAGCGCCUGAAAUCGUUCGAUCCGGUCACGUUCGGUGGAGGCAGGCCCCGCCACCACGGGAGGAGGCACCGGAGGAGGCACCGAGCAGCAGCAGUCAAUGGUGAGGCCAUUUCUAUGUGAGAAUAAAACACCCAGAACAAAUGAAGCAUGUUUUGGCCAGAAUGGAAUAAUGGAAUGUGUGUCUUGGGGUACAUUCAUGAAUGUGGAUGGGUGGUGGUGGUGGGGAAGGUGGGAUUUGGUGUUUGAUUCUGUUGGGAUGAGUCGAGUCAGGUUACUUGAGUCGAUUCGGUUUGGGGUCGGUUUGGUUCAGAAUAGUAUUGUUUUUUUUGUUUGUGAAUAGAGAUGAAAGAAAGAGCAUAGAUUCUUGAGAGAGUGGUUUGUGGUGGUGGUGGUGGAAGCAUGGAGGGAGGAGAAUGGAGAUAUUCAUGGUUUUCAUAUUAUUAUAAAUUUUUAUAUGGGUUAUGUGUAUAGAUUGUUAGUUUAAUCUUCCUUUUCUUAUUUUUUCUUGCUGUUGAUCCAUUUUUUAUGUUGCAUUGUGCUUUUUUGUUGGUGGGUAAUGAAUGAAUAAAGAAAGAAAGGUCUAUAGAAUUUAUUUAUUUUCAAAUUUUUAUCUUUUUAUUAUAUUGAUAUUAUUUUCUGAUCACCAUUGGAUUAGGUUGCUGCUCUGUGUGUAAAAAAGGGUAAUCUUCUUGGGAUGAAAGGAGAAUCUUUUUGGUUAAGUAGUUGAUUAAUGAAUAUAUUAGUGGGAGGAUUAUUAUUAAUAAUGAUAAUAUUACUGU